AUGGAAGACAAUGCGCCGGCCCAUGAUAAACCAAUGUUGCUGAUGAGAAUCUGUCGCCAUCCAAUGCUGCCUCAUAAUACGCUGCCUGUAGCUAAGAAAGCCCUAGUCGCACCCUGCGGAAGGUCUACCACGCCAAAAGAUGCAAUCCCGCACCCAGAAACAAACCGAGAAGGUUCGAGCUUGGAACUCAUAGCGACGGGAAAAAUUGGCAGCCCCGUGAUCUCUGACCAAAUUGGGGUUGAAGGCACACCUCACCGGCCUGAUGUAGUUCCGAAUCCCACUGAUGCAGUUGUUAAUGAUCCGAGAAUCAUUGCUGCUUAUGUCCCAAUGGAGUUAACCAGCGAUGCUGCUUCUCCGACGAAAACGGGCGACAAAUCAAUAUCCGAUCAAACUAUUCCGUCAAUGGAUAUGCAAAUUAAUGGAGAGAUACCAUCAUCGCCGGUAAGAGAUACCAUCAUCGCCGGUAAGGAAGAUCACGGUCAGUCAAUUGUGCCUAUUUUGCAGCCAAGUCCAGUUCGUAAACAGCUCCCCGUUUCAAUUGCGUCAGUUGCGCAAAGGAGUCAAACAACUGCGCGAAUUGCGCCUGCGAUUUCCACGUCGUCAUAUGAAAAUCGCGGUUGUUGCGAUCCCGUGACUUCAGCACCAUCAGCGCAGACUCCUGUUGACCCGGGUGGUUUAAAUUUAAACGAGGAUAAAAUUGCUCCAACUGACCAGGAAAUUACGGCCUCUAAAGAAGAAGGAUUGCAUUCAAAGUCUUUACAACAAUUCUCCUCAAAUAAUGAAGACUCCUUUUCAAAAAAUAAGGAAGGAAUCUCUUCUCCAAAUAACUCCAGCAAGAACUUUAGUCAAAAGUUAAAUCAUGAGGCUCCAGAAUUUACCAUCACUUAUCAGCCACAAUUUCCGCUUCUUGAGGUUUUACUGCCUAUUACAACCCCAAAAACGUAUUUUUCUAAGGUUGAUAUGGAGACAGGAAAAAAUACCGAGAUUUCUAACUCCAACUAUUUGAUUAAAGAUAUAAAUUCUGAAGGCCGAAUAAAUCAUGCUUCUGAUGAUGAUGAUUUCGAUAUGGAGUAUGCGAUAGAACAAGAGUCCUUCUAUAGUGAAAUUUCUGCUCCAACGUAUCACAAUCACUCGAAAAAAGCAAAGUCUAAAAAGAAAGUUCAAGUUCGUCAGUCUACUAGAUUGAAUAAGAAUUAA